AUGGGCACAGUGUCUCGUGCACUAGUGUCCCACAAAAUGCUGUCUCUGCUGGUUUUGCUUACUGUUUUCAAUAUUGGCCAAACUUACAAAAUUCUCGUGAUUACGGACCCUAUGGGCUUUUCGCAUAUGCAAUUUAUGAGCCGUAUUGCCGACAUCCUGCAAGAAGAAGGACACGACGUGACGAUUCUUGAACCCGACUGGACAGCCAAAAAUGCACCCUCCUUAUCUAAAUCAACCAAGCAGGUUCUAUUCAAGCUUCCAGAAGAUAUCAGGGAAGGUUUAGACUUGAAAAAUCUUGAAGUUUGGCAAGGAGGCAGUCGAUCAUUACUGCACCAGAUCAGAAUAUUCAGUUAUACAAUGUCACAGCAAGUUCAAUUGUGCGAUAUGCUGCUUGGGGAAAACAAGAUCAUCGAGGAGUUGAAGAGCCAAAACUUUGACGUUGGUAUCACUACAAUUUUAGCCCCUUGUGGGUCGGGAUUGUUUGAGAAAAUUGGAAUAGAAAAUGUAAUAGGAACAUCGGCAGUUGGACUUGUUGAUGAAGUCGCCGAAUUCUAUGAUGCACCAAGAUUGCCGAGCUUUAAAAUUGGAAUAGAAAAUGUAAUAGGAACAUCGGCAGUUGGACUUGUUGAUGAGGUCGCCGAAUUCUAUGAUGCACCAAGAUUGCCGAGCUUUGUACCUUAGGAUUUUUUUGCUAAAACAAAUUAUUUGCUGUCAAAUUCGGACGAAUUUCUGGAGGUCGCUCGUCCCCUUACAGCAAAAAUAGUUCAUAUUGGCGGGAUUACAGUAUCCGAGAAGCAGCCAUUACCUAACGAAUUCCAAAGGCUUAUGGAACGAAAGGACAGAAGCGGCGUUGUAUACAUUUCUUUUGGAUCUGUGGUACCUACAAAAGAGAUGCCAAACUAUUUUCGAGAGGCCAUCAUUGAAGUGAUAACGACCUUUCCACAACUUACAUUCAUAUGGAAAUUGGACAAGGGAGAUACAUUUCCGGAAUUGGCAAAUCUGCACACAUUUUCGUGGGUGCCACAAAAAGCUCUCCUA